AUGUGGAGGAAGUGCACCCGCUCGUUUACAAAUGUCGUUGAAAAUGAAAACAUUACGUUAGUAGAUCCGGUGGAUGGUAGCGACUGCUUCUAUUGCUUGAGUUGUGACUCUGCUUUGUCAGCUGUCGGCGUUCCCUUCUUUUACUCGAUGCCGAUUCAAUCAAACGAAUUCAAAAAGAUAAUAGGUAGUUGUGUUCUAUAA